AAACUGAAAUGAGUGGCGGAAACACCAGCCAAUCGGCGAUCAGAUUGGCCGGGCACCCCGCAUUCCCCCGUCCUCCCUCAGCGCCGGAAACUUCAGGAAAGCACCAAUGAACUUCGUCAUAGGUCUGAUUGGCCUUUAUCUGAACCAAUCGACGGUGGGCCAGGAAGACGCGUCCCACCCCAAGCUCUCACUGGGCGCUGUAGAAUGACAGGCCCGAAAGAAAUGCCAAUGUCCGCAGGGUCUUCCUCAAGUGACACUCAGCGGCACCAAUCGACGUCCUUCUUCCCGGCGGUCGAGCCCUCCUCCCCGCGGCUCGCCUGGCGGGGCGGGGACGCUGCGCGGCGGUGGCUGAUGCGGUAGCGUUGUGGGGCGCUCCGGGCGGCGACGGCGGCUCUCGUAGGCGGUUCCCGUCCUGUAUCUCCAGGCGGCGGCGGCUCAUGGCGGCGACGGAGCUGAGAGGAGUGGUGGGGCCAGGCCCGGCAGCCAUUGCAGCACUUGGCGGCGGCGGCGCCGGUCCCCCAGUGGUGGGAGGAGGCGGCGGCCGCGGAGACGCGGGGCCAGGCUCCGGGGCCGCGUCAGGGACAGUGGUCGCGGCGGCGGCGGGAGGCCCGGGGGCCGGGGGAGUGGCGGCGGCUGGCCCGGCCCCUGCGCCGCCGACUGGGGGCUCGGGCGGCUCGGGCGCUGGAGGUUCGGGCUCGGCUCGAGAGGGCUGGCUCUUCAAAUGGACCAAUUAUAUCAAAGGCUACCAGCGGCGGUGGUUCGUGCUGAGCAACGGGCUCUUGAGCUACUACAGAUCAAAGGCAGAAAUGAGACAUACCUGCCGUGGUACCAUCAACCUCGCCACAGCCAACAUCACCGUGGAGGACUCCUGCAACUUCAUCAUUUCCAAUGGGGGCGCUCAGACCUACCAUCUGAAAGCUAGUUCAGAAGUUGAGCGGCAGCGCUGGGUGACGGCCCUGGAACUGGCCAAGGCCAAAGCUGUGAAGAUGCUGGCAGAGUCAGAUGAAUCAGGAGAUGAAGAGUCUGUCUCACAAACUGACAAGACGGAGCUGCAGAAUACCCUUCGGACCCUCUCCAGCAAAGUAGAGGACUUGAGCACGUGCAAUGACUUGAUAGCUAAGCAUGGCACAGCUCUGCAGCGUUCCCUCAGUGAGCUAGAGUCCCUGAAGUUGCCUGCUGAGAGCAAUGAAAAGAUCAAACAGGUCAACGAACGAGCCACACUCUUUAGGAUAACAUCCAAUGCCAUGAUCAACGCCUGCAGAGAUUUCCUCAUGUUAGCCCAGACCCAUAGUAAAAAAUGGCAAAAGUCACUACAGUACGAAAGAGACCAGCGUAUCCGACUGGAAGAGACCCUUGAGCAGCUGGCGAAGCAGCAUAAUCACCUGGAGAGGGCCUUCCGAGGAGCCACGGUGCUGCCGGCAAACACUCCUGGCAGUGUGGGUUCUGGCAAAGAUCAGUGCUGCUCUGGCAAAGGGGACAUGAGUGAUGAAGAUGAUGAGAAUGAAUUUUUUGAUGCACCUGAGAUCAUCACCAUGCCUGAAAAUUUGGGCCACAAACGUACUGGCAGCAAUAUCAGUGGAGCCAGCAGUGACAUCAGCCUUGAUGAACAGUACAAGCAUCAGCUGGAGGAGACCAAAAAGGAAAAAAGAACCAGAAUACCAUACAAGCCAAACUAUAGCCUCAAUUUAUGGAGCAUCAUGAAGAACUGCAUUGGAAAAGAACUCUCUAAGAUCCCCAUGCCGGUAAACUUUAAUGAGCCCUUGUCCAUGCUUCAGCGCCUUACUGAAGAUCUGGAAUACCAUGAGCUGUUAGACCGAGCUGCAAAAUGUGAGAAUUCUCUAGAACAGCUCUGUUAUGUUGCAGCUUUCACCGUGUCCUCCUACUCCACUACUGUCUUCCGCACCAGUAAGCCAUUCAACCCACUGCUUGGAGAGACCUUUGAGUUGGACCGAUUAGAGGAGAAUGGGUACCGAUCACUCUGUGAGCAGGUGAGUCAUCAUCCCCCUGCUGCUGCGCACCAUGCUGAGUCCAAAAAUGGCUGGACAUUGCGUCAGGAAAUCAAAAUCACCAGCAAGUUUCGAGGCAAAUACCUCUCCAUUAUGCCCCUCGGUACCAUUCAUUGUAUUUUCCAUGCAACUGGGCACCACUACACUUGGAAGAAAGUUACCACAACUGUACACAACAUUAUUGUGGGCAAGUUGUGGAUAGAUCAGUCUGGUGAAAUUGAUAUUGUGAAUCACAAGACAGGAGACAAGUGUAAUCUUAAAUUCGUUCCUUAUAGCUACUUCUCUCGGGAUGUAGCAAGAAAGGUGACAGGGGAAGUGACAGAUCCAUCAGGAAAAGUCCACUUUGCCCUUCUGGGGACAUGGGAUGAGAAAAUGGAAUGUUUCAAAGUACAGCCAGUCAUUGGGGAAAAUGGGGGUGAUGCUCGACAGAGAGGCCAUGAAGCAGAGGAUAGCAGGGUCAUGCUGUGGAAAAGGAAUCCUUUACCGAAGAAUGCAGAAAACAUGUAUUACUUCUCAGAGCUUGCUCUGACUCUCAAUGCUUGGGAAAGUGGCACUGCCCCCACAGACAGCCGGUUACGACCUGACCAGAGACUGAUGGAAAAUGGGCGCUGGGAUGAAGCAAAUGCGGAGAAGCAGCGCCUGGAGGAAAAACAAAGACUUUCCAGAAAGAAGAGAGAAGCAGAAGCUAUGAAAGCCACAGAGGAUGGCACACCAUAUGAUCCCUAUAAGGCACUGUGGUUUGAGCGGAAGAAGGACCCUGUUACCAAGGAGUUAACCCAUAUUUAUAGGGGAGAAUACUGGGAGUGUAAAGAAAAACAGGACUGGAGCUCAUGCCCGGACAUUUUCUGAAAUGGCAGUAACAAAAAAGAGGAGCAUCUAAUGGAGAAGAGGACAGAGGAUGUGUGGGAAAGCUAGCAGUUGUGACUCUCUUGCCAAGUGCUUUCCUCAAGUUUGUCUCUCUUGACCAAUCAUUUUUUCCAAAUCAAUCACCAGAAGGAGACAUCAGUGGUGGUGAUUGGCUGGUUGCCUUAGCUGAUUGAAACUGAAAUCGACAUAUGAGAUACUAGGUCUGUAAGGGAGAGGUUUAGUGGCUGAAGGUUAGUGUAUUCCACAUCCACAAAGUCAAGUAUUCUGGGCUCUUCUUUCUCCCUCUGCCCCCGUUUAAGAUGAUGUCACUUACCUCCCCUUGUAGUAUCCUGCUCAGCCAAGAUCUGCGUAAGAUUAUGAUUCAGGGGCAUUUGGUGCUGUUCAAAGCAAGAACCGAAUUUAGAAGUUCCCUUAAAAAGAAACAUGUAAGACUUAACCAAUGGAGGCAUCGUGAAUGGUUGCAGUGGAGCUUAGGUAUAACAUCAUCAAUGUGUUCACACAUGGGGUCGGUUUAAUGGAGUGUCCACGCGGAGAUAACUGCGAUAUUGGAACACCUGUGAGAGAGAUUGUUGUAUAGGGCUGGAAUAUUCAGAGUUACAUUCUUGGAAGUUUCUGUUUUUACUUGCAUCGAACACCCCUCUGUUGUUCUCCAUCAUCUUUAGUAGCAACUGGAGACCACUUUGGUGGUUGGUAAGAGGGGUGCAUUCUCCUCACAAAGGGGUUUUAUGGACUUUCUCUGGCGGAGAACUUCUGAGAACACAGGCAGGAUGGGAAAAGACUACUAGUCACUUUUGCUUUCCCAGCCCCCCUCAGUGCCAUCCUUCAUUGUCUUUCUGGCUUCUCUUCUUUCUCCUGGCACAGUACCAUUUUGGGUCUUUGCCCCAGUGUGGAGCAAAACAUUGCCUGUCCCAUUCUGAUAUACUUCAGAAUUUGAGAGGAGAAGUUAAUCUGAAACAAAAGUUUUCACCAUCUCUCAAGCCCCAAGGACUGGAGCCACCUCUGGAAUAAUGUGUUAAAUAUCUGUAUAUUAUAUAUAUGUAGAGAAAAAUCUAAUUUUUUGGUUUGAUUUUCUUCCCAUUAAGAAUCUUGUUUUUUGAUA